AUGUGCGACGUCGAAUUCAAAGACUUGGACAUCUACACCAAUCAGAUCUACGCAAAGUACAACAUGAACGUUGAAUACGACCAAUUCCAUCCCGCCUAUCCUGAUCCCACCAACGCAGACCGUUAUAUCCCACUUACUUCUGGCAACAUUGACAUCUGGGCCAAAGCAAUGUGUUCUUGCGUUGCUGGAGUCAGUCUGACUUCACCCCCAAGCUCGCUCAAGUACGAGACCCGCAAGGGCAAAGCCAAGUCAAAGUUAUCCAAAGAAAUCUCUGCCGGUGCCAGCAACAACUCCUUUGUUGAAUUUGCGAACUGGUUUGCAAACCAUCAAGCCCGCAAUGUCCGCGCCUCUCCUCCUUCCUCAGUCCAUGGUGCUACUCCCGAUCAACUUGUUGAUUACUUGGUCUUUGUCAGCAUUGCUCCUGAUCACAAGCGCAAGGAGUUAUUGACCACACUUUUUGAACACGAUAUCAACAAUUAUCAAAUGUUCAAGUCCCUCUCAGUUGAAGAGUUGAGAUCAAUUGGUUUCAAUGUGGGUGUUAUAUCCAAACUUUGCAGCAAUGUUAACAAAUUCCGAAACCAUCUGGCUCAGAAUUCCUGA